AUGAGUGACCAGGACAACGAUAAAGCCGGAUCGGGGAGUGCGAGUGGUGAAGACUAUACAGAUGAUGAAGAAGAAGGAGAAGAGGGUUAUAAACCCGGUGGAUAUCAUCCCGUGAAAGUAGGAGAAGCAUACAAUCAAAGAUACGUUAUUAUAAAAAAAUUAGGAUGGGGUCACUUUUCCACAGUUUGGAUGGUCAAGGACCGUCGUGUGGAGGAAAUGAAAAAGACAAAUCACUUUUACGCUCUCAAGGUUCAAAAAUCCGCGGAGCACUACACUGAGGCUGCUAUGGACGAGGUAGAGCUACUGGACUGCAUAGCCACGGAACGCAAGCGCGUUGAAGCCUCGCUACUAGCUGAUAAGGAUGCUGAGUCGGCCGAAUUCGUGGAACAUUCUCGGUACGUGGCGACACUGCACGAUUCAUUUUUUCACACUGGACCGAACGGUCGGCACAUGUGCAUGGUGUUUUCAAUGCUCGGGUGUAAUCUCCUUAGUGUCAUCAAAGCGUACAAUUACCGUGGAAUUCCUUUGCCGGUCGUGAAAAAUAUGAUUCGCGGCGUUUGCAUGGGACUGGAUUUUUUGCACAGAAGGUGCAAGAUUAUCCACACCGAUCUCAAGCCGGAAAACGUGCUCCUGCAAUUUCCGCAUCAAAUGGAUACCGAAGAAGAGUUGGCCUAUCAGAUGGCGGCCAUGUCAAUUGAAGAUAAUGGUGAUAGAGAUCGGAAUACGAUAAGUCAAAGUAUUCAUGAGAUGGAAAAGGCCAUCAACAAUCCCAAAACCCCAAACGAAGAAAAGAAGCGACUCAGGAAACGACUCAAGAAGAAACGACAAAAGGAACCUAUCACAAGUGUGGAGGACUCAGCGGAAACGCGAACAUCGAGGUCGACGUUCUCGGAAUUGGAUUCCGCUGGCUUCAAGGAAGGUGGGAAGAAAGCAUCGGGGGACACUUCGACCGCACCGUCUUCACGAGAUACUUCAGCCAGCUCGGCGGCAAGACCUCACAAUCAGCAGCCAGAUUUGAAAGACAAGAAUAUGCUAGUGCGAUGCCGAACAGUAAUUGUCGAUCUCGGGAAUGCUUGCUGGACGCAUCGUCAUUUUAGCGAAGAUAUUCAAACUAGACAGUACCGAUCGCCCGAGGUAUUAAUCGGAAGCAAUUAUAAUACUUCCGCCGACAUGUGGUCUCUUGGCUGUAUGAUGUUUGAGCUUUUGACUGGGGACCUUUUGUUCGAUCCAAGAGCUGGCGAGGAUUACGAUCGAGACGAAGAUCACCUUGCCAUGUUUCAGGAGUUGCUAGGGAAGAUGCCUAAAAGAAUGGCUCUUGACGGCAAAUACUCAAAGAAUUUUUUUGAUAGGAAGGGGAAUUUGAAACGGAUCAAACAGCUCAAAUUCUGGCCGAUACAGGACGUUUUGCAAGAAAAAUAUCAUUUUUCCCAAGAAGACGCUAAGGGUAUUGCCGAGUUUAUAGGGCCUCUCCUGGACUUUGAUCCGAAGACUAGGGUUACCGCGCGCGAGGCACUGAAAAGCGAUUGGCUGAAGAGUUAA